AUGUUUUACGAUGCUCCUUUACAAUUCCCAAAUUGGUGUUCAUGGGUAAUCGCAGUUUUCUUUACAAUAAAAGAUCCUGUGAUCAAUUCUAAACAGUUAACGCGAACCUCUGAAGCAGCAGCAGUGAUGACUGAAGGUGCAGUUGUUGAACUUUAUAUUAACAAUAAAGUUGCCGGACUGCUGGAGUUUGAAGCUGGUAGUCUAGAUGGUGAUGGUCCAGGUGAUGACGGUUCGGCGGGUCCAAUAGGUGUUGUUCCAGAUGGCGCCGGUCCGGCUUCAGAGGGUGCUGUCGGCCCGGUGGAUCCAGCAGGUAUUGUUCCAGAUGGUGCCGAUCCGGCGGAUUCAGUAGGUGCUUUAGAGGGAGCUGUCGGUCCGGCGGAUCCAGCAGGUGCAUCAGAGGGUGCUACUGUUGGUCCAACGGGUUCUUUUGCAGCUCUAUUGGGAAGAAAAGAUAUUGAAUAA